AUAUACGUGUCCGAGAGAGAGAGAGAGACGGAGGGAGAGAGAGAGAGCUAGCUAGAGAGAAAAAGAGAGAGAGAGAGAGUUAGCUAGAGAGAGAGAGAGAGGGGGCGGAGCGUUUGCCAGACGCACACACACACGCACACACACACACACAAUCCGCGGCGGUCGGGGUGGAUGGGCGGACCUAGAGGCUCUGAGUGGGCGGGGCAUCCACUCCCUUCGCCUUUACAACGCCGUGAAAUAGCUGGAAACGGGCCGAGCUUAACGUGAGCAUGGGCGGGGCUGCAGCGAGGAUGGGGCGGGAAGAGGGGUGCCGCCAGCCAAUGGGGUGUGAGGGUUGUUGGCGAGGGGGGCUGGGGGUGUGGUGGGGGGCGAGGGAGGGCGUGAGGAACCCGCUCACCAAACAGUGGUGUAUUUACCUAGGGCCUCGGGUACAGGACGCUUAUUACAGCUCGCGAAGGGAAGAGGUACUUUUGCUGAUCACGGAAUUAAACAUUGUGCUGCCCGCCCGUCUGUCUGUGAGCCCGCCCGUGUGUGUCUGUGUGCCCGCCCGUGUGUCCCGUGCCCCCGCCCGCUCCUAGCCCGCCCGCCACCCGCGCAGCAGCACACACACACACACACAUAUGAUUAGGAUAAGUGUUUGACUGGUGCGUGUGUGUGUGCGUGUGUGUGUGUGUGUGUGUGUGUUGGUGGUGGUGGUGGUGCAAGGCUAGCAGCCUCCGCUGGCCUCUCACUGUGCUCUCACUCUGCACUCACGCUCACCCACUCACUCACUCACUCACCCUACGCUCACUUGCUGGGUGUGGGCGUGGGUGUGCGUGUGUGUGUGUGCGUGCGUGUGUGUGCGUGCGUGUGUGUGUGCGUGUGUGUGCGUGUGUGGCGGCACCACCACCACCACACCGCCCGCACCGCCACGCCCGCACCUCGCCGCCGCCGCCGCCCGCGGGAGGAUGGACAGUAGUGACCCGGGGCAGUGCCCGCGCCCGCGCACGUGACAGUGAGUGCCCGCGCCCGCGCACGUGACAGUGAGUGACAGUGCCCGUGCCAGCAGCAGUGACCGCGCCAGCAGCAGUGCCAGUGUCAGUGUCAGUGCCCCCACCACCGCCGCCGCCGCCGCCGCCGCCGCCGCCUCCGCCGCCAUGUUGUCGCAGAAGCUGUACGGCGAGAGCAUGACGCCCAUGACGACGUGCGCGCCGUCCGUGUCGCCCAUGGCGCAGAGCACGUACGGCAUGAACACCAUGAACUCCAUGAACUCCAUGAUGGGCAUGUCCUCCUACCAGCAGCGCCUGCCGCCCAACAUGGACUUCCCCUCCUCCAUGGGCGGCAUCGGCGCCAUGGGCAUGGGCGGCCAGUGCAUGAGCCCCGGCAUGACCGGCAUGGGCGCCUUCCCGCCCAUGAACACCUCCAUGCAGCAGAUGAACGGCAUGAGCGGCUGCAUGGGCGGCAUGGGCGGCAUGGGCGGCAUGAACCAGAUGGUGGGGUACGGGCGCGAGCUGCAGGAGCCGGACUCGCCCGUGUCCUCGGCGCUGCAGCGCGCGCGGCAGGACAAGACGUACCGGCGGUCGUACACGCACGCCAAGCCGCCCUACUCGUACAUCUCGCUCAUCACCAUGUCCAUCCAGAACGCGCCCAACAAGAUGGUCACGCUCUCUGAGAUAUACCAGUUCAUCAUGGACCUCUUCCCCUACUACCGCCAGAACCAGCAGCGCUGGCAGAACUCCAUCAGGCACUCGCUCUCCUUCAACGACUGCUUCGUCAAGAUCCCGCGCACGCCUGACAAACCCGGCAAGGGCUCCUUCUGGUCGCUGCACCCGGACUCGGGCAACAUGUUCGAGAACGGCUGCUACCUGCGCCGCCAGAAGCGGUUCAAGUGUGAGAAGAAGGAGGCGCAGCGCCAGACCAAGCACACGCCAUCCACCACGCCCUCCGCCCACGCCCACACGCCCAAGGCUGAGCACGGCGACGACAACGACUCCAAAAUGGACGGCGGGCUGGCCUCGCCCGCACACGGCGGCGGCCACGGCCCGCACCACGGGGGCCACGCGGGGCCGCCGCCCCCAGCCGACCCUGUGUCCGGCAUGACGCAGCUGUUGGAGGCCGCCACCAAGCUGGAGCCGCCCGAGCCGGGCGUGGGCGGCGGCGGGGGGUACCAGAUGCCGCCGCCGCCCUCCGACCACCAGCACCAGCAGGCGGCGGCGGCGGCGGCGGCAGCGGCAGCAGCAGCAGCAGCAGCGGCGGCGCAGCAGGGCGGAGACCAGCAGCAGCAGCAGCAACAGCAGCAGCAGCACCAGCAGCACCAACAGCAGCAGCAGCAACAGCAGCAGCAGCAGCAGCAGCAGGCGGCCGCGGCGGCGCACCUGGCGGCGCACGAGCUGCACGCGGCGCCGCCGCUGCAUCCGUCACUGCUGAAGGACUACACGGCGUCGGCCUACCUGAAGGACUACUCCAAGGACUACGGCGCCUACCUCAAGGACUACGGCGGACACCUCAAGGACUACGGCGA